AUGAUGGAGAGGAUAAGAAAAGAGAUGAUAUUGAUGGAGAGAGGUCUCCACAGUCCUGUCGCCGGGAAGAGGCUCGCAGACACGCCUGGAAAUUCAGUGCUGGAGGCCCUGGAAAACUCCCAGCACGGCGGACGACUAAGCCCGAGAAUAACUUCCGCUUCCCUCCAUGGAAAUCUUGGGGACAUCCCGACGAAAAGCAAAUUUGAAAUUGACAGUCUUUUCGGUACACACCACGGCAGUGAAAAUUCUUCCUCGGCGGAGAUUUCCUCGUCAGAAAGCAGGAAGAAAAUGAGCCUUUACUCCGAAGUUUCGCAAGAAUCAGAUAUUAACAGUGAUGUGGAAGUGGGAUGCCCUGCGCAUCGCUCCCCGAGCCAGCACAAGGAAAACAAUAAAGGUUUUUCAGACAGUAGCUCUGGAUCUUCCAACACAAGCUCAAACUCCCUCCAGAACAUGAACGGUAAUUCAACGGUGGGAUCAAACAAUUCAAAUGCCGAUCAAGUCAGAAGGUAUCGGACUGCUUUCACCAGAGAACAAAUCGCAAGACUGGAAAAAGAGUUUUACAGGGAAAAUUAUGUUUCGAGACCGAGAAGAUGUGAGUUAGCGGCGACGCUAAAUUUGCCCGAAACUACAAUUAAGGUGUGGUUCCAGAACAGGCGGAUGAAGGAUAAAAGGCAGCGUUUGGCGAUGUCCUGGCCCCAUCCAGCAGACCCUAGCUUCUACACUUACAUGAUGACGCACGCGGCAGCUACAGGAAGUCUACCUUACCCUUUCCACUCGCACAUGCCUCUACAUUACUACCCGCACGUCGGUGUCACGGCAGCAGCAGCGGCCGCCGCCGCCACCGGUGCCGCCUCGUCACCUUUCGCCACUUCCAUCCGCCCCCUCGAUACCUUCCGAGCGCUCUCCCACCCAUACUCACGGCCAGAGCUUCUAUGCAGCUUCAGGCACCCGGGACUCUACCAGUCGCCUGCAGGCCUGAAUAGCUCGGCCGCUGCAUCCGCGGCGGCUGCGGCCGCGGCCGCGGCAGCUGCAGUAAGCGCUCCGUCAGCCACCGGGCCCUGUUCGUGCCUGAGCUGCCACAGCAGCCAGGCGGCAAGCGCAUUGGGCUCCAGGAGCGCCAGCGCUGACUUUACCUGCACAGCUUCCGGGCAAAGAUCCGAGAGUGGAUUUUUGCCGUAUUCUGCUGCGGUUCUAAGCAAAACUUCAGUCCCGUCACCAGACCAGCGAGAAGAAACUUCACUUAACAGAUAA